AUGAGCUCGAAAAGAUCGUGCGUUGCCACCGGCCAAGGCAGUGUCCACAGCGAGGCAAAUCUCGUAGAUCGACGAGUCGUCACGGAUGGCCAAACGCAGAAUCCGGCAGCAUAUGACUUGAUGAAGAAGAACUACCAUCAAUACCUUACUGUCUAUUUGAUCUGGUUCGUGAGUCACAGAUAUCUCAUGUACAGAAUUUGGAGGGCAUAUUCCAGCAACAAAGACCCUGACGUUGACUUUGACGAAGACACUUACAUCGAAGCCAUCGACGGCUUGGCACGCGGCUUUUGGUCUGGCCCAAUCCAUGAUUCAAUACUAAGCCGCAGCAUGGACAAGAUCCUGGCUGAGACCAAGUGCCGAAUAGAAAAGUCUCACCAGCCUCCAGACCCUAUUGGCAUGUGGGAAGACAAAGAGACCCACCUCUCCGAACAUGUUCCUGUUUUAAAUAACGUCUCAACGGCUAUGAGGAGAGGAAUUGCUAAAACUAUGAUGGAAGACUUUGAUACUGACCUAGCUAUUUAUUGGUGGCCUGCGCAAGCCCCUGACGUGGAUGACUUCGGCAAUUCAGACCUUUUUAGAACACAACCGUUUGUAAACGAAGUAGGCGAAUUCCACGAACUUAGGAACGCCCUAGGAGAUGAUAACCUACCAGGCCCUAUGAAACCGGGCACACCGCGCCUUCCGUGGGAUAUUUUAGAAUUCGUCCCCCUAUACCCCGACGAAAAUAGGAGAUCUCGUUCAGAACGGCUCAAACGGGAUCUGUUAGAUGAAAUAGACCGGGCUCAGUUGGAUGCGGUCAGAGGUGCCGACACACUUUUACGAGGCCGUGACAUAGACACGUAUUGGAGCAACGAAGAAUUCAUAGACAAAACUCUAGGCUUCAUUUUUAAUCUGCUGGCCUUCGACCCAGGUUUGUCCAGGAUUCGCAUGCUCGAGCUUGGGAAAAUGUUCCAUUCUCUUCUCAUGGAGCCGUGGUACAUUCAAUACGGACACCCCGGACGGCCUCAGGGGCAAAGCCCGCAGUACCAUGAAGAUAGCAACUUAGCGCUGCGAAACAUUAUCAUCAGGAUGGACAAUAUGGCGACCUCUCAAGACCUUCAAGAGAUACAUCUUGACUACGAUGGAUCGUGGUGGGGUAACGUCGCCUACGAUCAAGUACUCAAUCAGAGGAUCGACAAUGCCACGGGCGAGCACCUUCAGAACGCGGCCAAUGGCACUUGGCAGAGUUUCUAUAAGACGUGGCUCCAAAUUCUCGCUAACGUCGAGGUGAGCUUUGUGAGCGCGACCCAGGAACAGCUAGACAACGCCACCUCAGACAGCUGCGCGAUAUGCGGCGACGACUUCAAUAUGGACAAUGACUACGACUGCGCGGUUGUGAUUCCUUGCGGGAACAACCACAUGCUUUGCAAAAAGUGCUACACACAGCUCAGCCUGACGCCAACAAGGCCAUACACUAGCAUGAUUACCACGAAGAACUGCCCCCACUGCCGAGGCGAGAUAAAUUAUACUGAGUCAAUGAAAAACCUCACAGAUGGUCUUCGGCUCAUGCCGAGGCUGAACACAGAUUUCCCAUAUACAACAAUAACCAACUAA